UUCUGCCUUUCCAGCUUUCUCUCCUGUUCUCAGAAGGAGGUGUGUGAUGGAAUAAAAACUAGAAAAUAUCUUGGCAAGAGACAGCGACUUGUUUAACCCACCUUCUCUCCCCCACCCCACAUCGAUCACCCGCCUACAAGCAUUUAAGGUAAAAUUUGGACAGAAAAGAAGCUGGUGGAAGCUACUUCACACUUGCAAGUUAUGGAGACGGGGCCCACCUGUGACAGAAAGACUUCCCAUGAUUCUUUAAGAACGCCUGCCACAUAUCUGAUGCUCACAACUUUAAUGACCUGAGCUUUGCCAACUGAGUCCAGAGGAAGCUACUACAGGCACCAAGAGAACAGGACACAUAUCAGAGCUUCCUUGUCCUAUACCUGUAGGUAAUAACCAGGUGGAAAUGUGCGUGAUCAUCCGCUCGAGGGGUGCCCAGGGGAAGCCUUCUACUGCUGACUGAUAACUGGGAGUGAAGCACAAAAAAAAAACAAAGUAUGAGGCUGAAGCUGAGUGUACUGGAGGUCUGCCACACUGUACUCUGCAUUGGGUUAAUGCUCUGCGGAGAGGGAGGGGUUUCCUCAGUUCUUGCGCUGGGAGCUAGCAUUAUCUGUAGGAAGAUGCCAGGCCUGUCACCCCGUCAGAGGACCAUCUGCGAGGCGCGCCCUGAUGCCAUGAUUGCUGUAGGUACAGGAGCACGCUUGGGCACUGAAGAGUGUCAAUAUCAGUUCCAGCACAGUCGGUGGAACUGCACCUCCCUGGGGGAACAAAGUGUCUUUGGACAGGAGCUAAAAGUAGGUAGCCGGGAAACUGCAUUUUACUAUGCUAUCCUGUCAGCUGGUAUUGCCCAUUCCAUCACCAACGCGUGCAGCCAAGGAAAUCUGACUUACUGCGGUUGUGACAGGGAGAAGAAUGGCUACCGAGAUCCAGAGAAAGGGUGGAGGUGGGGUGGAUGCUCGGCUGAUGUAAAACAUGGCAUACGCUUUUCCAGAGAGUUUUUGGAUGCCAGGGAAGUGAAGCGCAAUGCUCGCACUCUAAUGAACCUACAUAACAAUAUGGUGGGGAGGAAGCUGUUGGAGAAGAAUAUCCGAUUGGAGUGCAAAUGCCAUGGAGUUUCGGGGUCCUGUACGCUGAAGACAUGCUGGGUGACACUGCCUCACUUCAGAGAGGUUGGCUUUGCCCUUAAGGACAAGUACGAGAAGGCAGUUAUGGUUGAGGCUGUGAGAGGUCGGCGCCAGCUUGUGCCCACUUUCCUCAAACUUAAGAUCCCUCAAAAUAAUACCAAGCCAGCAGAAACAGAUCUGGUGUAUGUAGACCGCUCGCCCAACUUCUGUGAGAAGGACAAUACCACGGGCAGCAUUGGCACCUAUGGACGGUUCUGUAACCAUACGUCAACUCAAACUGACAGCUGUGAACUCUUGUGCUGUGGCCGUGGAUACAAGACUUUCCAGUAUACUCGUACAUGGCAGUGCCACUGCAAAUUCCACUGGUGCUGCCAUGUGACUUGCAGCACUUGCAGUGAAAGGACGCAGGCCUACACGUGUAAUUAAACAGGUGCAAUGUCAUGGCCAUGCAAUACUGUAAAAGCUCAGGUGGUGUAGCAAGCACUGAAGGACAAUGGUUAGCCACUGAAAGGAAAGAACCAACGAGCGACCAAAGAAAAGAGAAUCAAACGAAAGCAUAUGAUCUGCUUUAUCCCCGUGUGUGCACACUGAUAAUGAUGCUGCAACCAUAGAAUUAAUUUUCUAUUUUCAUACCCUGUUGGUGAGUGGCAGCUCCUCAGAGGCAGGGCAGAGGUCUAACUACUUGAGUAUGGAAUCAUAAAGUCACCUACAUACCUUGCUCAUACAUAGAAAAACAUUGCACAGGCAGUUUCAGCAAGCUGCAGGAAUCUAUUUUUCAUGCACUGCUCACUUCCAAGCCUGUGGGUACGACAGUAAUUCCCUCUUCCAACUUCCUGUAACAUCUCACAUGCAAUAUAUCUUUAUGUACACCAAGGUUAUUUGACUUUAAUUAAUAUAUACAGUAUAUUAAUAUAUACAGUGGUUUGCUCUUCCAGCUGCUUGAAUUUUUGGUAAAUGUUUCUGCACUGAAAAUACAUACAGGGUAGAGAGAUAUUAUUA